GUGGUAGUAAAGGAUGUGAGAGAAAGUGAAAACAUGAAAAUGAAAUGCACAUUAUCAGGACAGUGACUUCAAGUCAUAUAACAUCUUUAUCUAAUUUAUUACUUAAUCUUAACAUAAUGUAGAAUUAUUGGAAUUUUUCCAAUAAUUUCUUAUCCCUCUAGUGGUAAUGUGAUUGUCCGUAGUUUAGUAAUUGGUGUUUAACCAGAGUAUCUGUUCUUAGAAUAUCACACAACUAACUGUGUAUGGUGAACGGAAGUUAUUUUACAGAACACAACAACUGGGAUUUUUAUUUGGAUAACUUAUGGAUUUCUAGAAAAGAUGGAGUAUAAAUUCAUCGAAGGUGUAUGAUCAUUUUCAUUAUUUAGACUGGGACUAACUUGUGAUUCCGGGAUGAAACAGUUAAUUUUACAGACGGGUUGUCAAGGAGAUGCUGCUGCAUUAAACUCUACUGGUACUUCAUCAUUACUUAAAGUAUUACAAGGUUGUGCACAAAAUGAUUCUGCAGUGCCUGUGUUUAUCAACAUAAUUGAAACUGAGCAAAACAAUAGUGCCGAGGCAGAUUCAGGAGCAGUCAUGUAUAUCAUUGCAGUGUUAGUGUUUUAUUCUGCAGGCAUUGUCACAAUGAUUAUAAAAUAUCUUCGUAGAGAAAAAAGAGAGUUAGAGGAAGAAAGAAUUCUGGAAGACUUCUUCAGAAGUAUGCCUGCAUAUAAAAAAGAACGGGAGCAAAAUAAUGUAAAUCGUGUUGCUAUACAUGCCUUUCAUGCUCUGACGUCAUUUUCUUAUGACGACGGGGAUUAUGAUAUUGUUAGUACUGACGAUGAAGACACUCGUUUGACAACAAAUCGUGAAGAAACAAUUCAUGAAGAAGAAAACGAACAUUACACGUGUAAUCAAGAUGUGACAGUUAGAAGUGAGUUAAAAGAAGACGUUUUGCAAGGGGAACGACAUAGUGAUUCGAUGCCAGAACCAUAUAAUCCAUUAUGUAAACAGUCUUGCAUAACAUAUGAUGAGCAAGAAACAAAACUUUGAUUUGCAUAGACAUAUAUAUUCAGCAUCUUCAUCGAGGUAUUUGAAAACGUGGCCUUUAAUGGGAUGAUUGGUUUAUUUGCAGUUUUGUAAGAUAACAGUAAGAUAAUGUAUGUUAUUGUAGCUCAAAGUGUGCACAUGGAAUAAAAGUAGUGUUCAAAGAGUAUGAUAAUAUUCAAAUAAAAAUACAACACUGAUAUCAUCCCUUCAAGAUUGAUGCAAUUAGAUCAAAAAUUGAAAGGGCAAUUAUUUGGGGUAUUAUUGAAAUAUGCGUUUCAUAACCUUACAUUUUUAGUGUAUUUCACAACUGGGGUCUUGGAAUUUAUUAUAUUGCACGAUCGUAAUGUCGAUAAUGAUGUUUAUAUUAUGUACAUACACGACCAGUUUAAAUAUAUUAAUUACUUUUCAGUUUUAUAAUAUAGUAAGAGUGCAGUAUUGUAUUUGUUUUAGAUUUUCGACGUGUUAAAGACUUUACCUAAUGGUUCUUAGUAUAUACAAGAUAAAAUGUGAGCAUGUAAGGUAAGAAAUGUUGCACUCUCUGUUUUGAUGAGACUGUUCAUGGGCGGUAGUAGUGUAUUCAGGCUACUGGCAAUGCAACUUUGUAGCAAUAAAACCCAACUUGGAAACGAUGAAUUAUUAUUCAGAAUUUGGAAACUCCGGUUGUGUGUUUGUAAUUAAAAAAGCAGACAAUCGUUUAAACUGGUCAAAUAAUUGAUACUGUAUAAUGAUAAAUAUUAUUUUUGAUAAGCUCAAAACUUGAAAAAAAUAAUACACAGCUACAUAGAGAGGGCAUUUUAUUGUGCAGUGUUUUCAUUUGAGACCUGUAUAUGCAUAAUGCUUGAUAUGUGCGUAAAUGUUAACUUAUAAUCAUUACACAGAUUAACGAGAUAUUGACAAAAUAUUGUAAAACAGAGAAAUCAUAUUAAUCAAAGUGAAUGUUUUUAAGUUCUACAAAAAUUAUUCUUACAAAGAGCACAUCCAGUAAGCUAUUUGUUUAUAGCAUUUCGCGAACCAAAGGACAUAUCCGUCUCACAUACAGUAUCAUCUGUUUGCAAAUGACAUGAAAACAAAGACCAACAAGGAAGUGUGGCAUUCAAAGAAAGCACCAAAAAGUCCAGCAACACUAGUCGGGUACACCUAUUAUUUAUUAGUUAAGUAUGAACUGAUUGGUUUUUAUAUAAUGGCAAAUACGUUGUAGUUUUAUAAUCAUUUUUUACAGCAAAAGAGUUACGAUAUCAUUUUAUAAAUAUGCACUUUUUGUAAUUGUAGUAAAAUAUCCAUUUCCCAUUUUUUAAUUAUAACUAGCUCAAAUUACAUUUUCACCCAUUAUUUUAUUAAAUUUAUAUAUUUUAUGAUAAAGUCUUAGACCGUGCAAUGAAUGAAAGUAGAAGUAAUGCUAGUCAUAUGUACGUAA